AGAUUUAGAGCGAUUUCGGGGGUGAAAGACGGACGAAACGGAACUGGAAGACGCGAAAAAUAAUGGAGAAUACCGAGAAGGUUGUUCCCUCCCCCAUAAAAACUCAUGAAACUAAAAUAAGCGAGAUGAACGACGAGAAGUUUAGUAUGCCGUUUGGGCAGGAGACUGUUUGGAAUAGAUAUUAGCGGGCAGGUCAGUAAGAUAAGGAAGAACGAGGAAAAUGGGGUGGGUAACAUCACUACUCCUCCUAGCGGCCGUCAGAGUGGCGAGGCCCCAGUGCCUGACUCCCGAAGACGACUUCAAAGGAGCCACCUACAGCACCGACCUCUCUCACAUCACGAACUUCGGUCUAGACCUGUACAAGCGGCUCUCCCCUGCGACUUCCAGCCAGAACUUCUUCUUCUCCCCCUACAGCAUCUGGAAUGCCCUGACGCUGGCCUACUUCGCGUCUGGGGGCAACACGCAGAGGGAGCUGGAGGCUACUCUGAAGGUCUCGAACAAGGUGUCUACUGUCAAACUCUGGAAGGAACUUGAGCUGUUUUAUGAUGGAAGGCAGAGGAACAACUCUCUCUACACCUUCAGCCUGGCUAAUCGGGCUUACAUCGAUCAGAGGUUGACUCUAAGGUCCUGCGUACAGAAAAUUCUCACCAACGAGACACGCAUUAACGAUUUUACCGACAAACCGCGCUCGGCGAGACUGAUCAACAGCUUCGUGAACGAGGUCACGAGAGGACUGAUUCCGGAGAUCGUCACGGAAAAGGACCUCGACCGGAUCCUCAUGGUCAUUGUAAACGCAGCCUACUUCAAGGGCACCUGGGAGACGCAGUUCGACCCGGCCAACACCAGGCCCAGAGACUUUUUCGUCUCUCAGGGGCAGUCGGCUCCCCUGGCCAUGAUGUCUCAGUUUGGGAGGUUCAGAUACGGAGAAUCACCAACGCUGGGCGCACGCCUUCUCGAGCUGCCAUACGAUGGGGACGACAUCUCCAUGAUCCUCCUCCUCCCGCAGACCCGGCUGCCUUUCGGAGACCGAUUCGUGAACAUGGUGAAUAACCUGAACAGUGCCACCCUGCGCGAGGCGAUCCACCCCAACAACAUGGCACCCACCAGGGUCGACGUACUUUUGCCCAAAUUCAGGUUCAACUUGGAGCUCAGAGAGGAGUUGAAAAGAGCGUUACAGGGCAUGGGCAUCGUUGACCUUUUCGACAAAGACAGGGCCGACCUGUCAGUGUUCACGAACACAAAGGGGCUGUACGUGGACAAGAUCAUCCACAAGGCUUUCGUGGAAGUCAACGAAGAAGGUACAGAAGCAGCUGCUGCCACGGCCCUCCUUGUUCCGGUGCGCUCUUUCAGCUCCAACCAGCCGGUGGUCUUCCACUGUAACGAGCCCUUUGUCUUCCUGAUAUACGACAAGAAGACGAACAACGUCCUCUUCCUGGGAGCCAUCAAGAACCCCCGGGGAUGAAGGGUGAGGGAUGCUGAGGGUGGCGUAAAGGAAGAGUCCUCCCUGCUUGCUCAUUCUCCUGGAGGCUGUUUCUCUGUUGCAUGAGUAGUACUUUCCCUUAAUUCUUUAAGCAUCUCACGUCUCUUGAAUCGGCACAUCGCUACCUCUGUGAUGGACUGCAUAGACUGUUCAACUUCUUCAGCUCUGUCUUGUUCCAAGAGCAAGUGCUCAAGGCCCAUGAGGAUUUGGAAAUGUGACUAAGUGAGCCAGUUAAAGUACUCCAAAUUAAUAAUAAAAUAAUAAUAAUUUUGGAACAGUCUUGACAACUUUUGUCAUUUUAGACAUAAAACUGGCCUGUUCAGUGCCGCUGCGGAACAGUGGUGAAAAACAUAUUAAAUUAUACUUCAAGCCUGACAUAUGUAAAGAUGUAACAAAAAAAAGUUAUGUAUGUUGUAAAUUGACUUUUUUUUAUAUGAAAUAUAUAUAUAUAUUUA